AUGGCUAACGAGGGGGGAGCAAGCUCCCAAGCUUUUGAUCUUAAACUUUUCACAGAAGCAAUCAAAGGCGAAUUGGGACGCAUGAUGGACCAAAAACUUGAACUGAUGCACCAACGCAUUGACAGCUUAGAGUUGUCUCAUGGAAGCUCCAAAGGCAGCCGUGGAAAGGCUUAUGCACAUGAGUCUAGCGACUCUAACUCAGACAACAACUAUGAGCAUAAGCAAAGUAGGUCCAAGCGUGAUGCUAGGCCUUCAAAUGACCACAUUCCGGGCAUAAAGAUGAAAAUUCCGCCCUUCCAAGGACGAUCAGACCCUGAUGCCUACUUAGAGUGGGAGAAGCGGAUUGAACUUGUCUUCGAUUGCAAUACUUACUCGGAGGAGCAAAAGGUCAAGUUGGCCGUGGUCGAAUUCACCGACUACGCCGUUGUGUGGUGGGAUCAACUCUCUACUAGUCGAAGGAGGAGUCGUGAACCUACCAUACAAACUUGGACGGAGCUAAGACGACUAAUGAGGAAGCGUUUCGUACCAAGUCACUACUACCGUGACUUGUACCAAAAGCUUCAAACCCUCAACCAAGGAGCACGAAGUGUCGAGGACUAUCACAAGGAAAUGGAAAUACUCAUGCUACGGGCAGACAUCAUGGAGGAUCGAGAAGCAACAAUGGCACGCUUCUUGAACGGAUUAAGGCCCGAAAUCGCUGAUCAAGUGGAGUUACACCACUAUGUGGAACUUGGGGACUUGGUGGAAAAGGCCAUCAAGAUUGAAAGGAGGAUUAAGAGGAGGGGUUCGACUCGGAGUUACUACAACUUUUCACCCUCUUAUCCCCGAACUACACCACCAAAGAAAGAGGAUAAAGGGCCGAGUAAUUCCACCCCUUCAAGACCGAGGCCGGAUAUGACUAAGUGGGAGUCUAAGGCAACGCCAAAGACUGCCAUUGAGUCGAGCAUGGGGCGAAAUCGAGAUACUAGAUGCUUCAAAUGCCAAGGCCGAGGGCAUAUUGCUAGCCAAUGCCCGAACCAACGCACUAUGAUCAUCUUACCCAAUGGCAAGGUAUGUAGUUUGAUCAUAGAUGGAGGUAGUUGUGCUAACGUCGCUAGUGCCUUGAUGGUGGAGAAACUAGCACUACCCACUCUACGACAUCCAACACCUUAUCGUUGGCAAUGGUUGAAUGAUAGUGGGGAUGUUCGUGUGACCAAGCAAGUCCAAAUACCUUUCCGAAUUGGAAAGUAUGAGGACGUGGUGUUAUGCAACGUGGUCCCUAUGCAAGCAUGUCACAUACUAUUGGGGAGACCAUGGCAAUUCGACAAGGGAGUUACAUUUGAUGGCAUUACCAAUAAAUACUCCUUCAAGCAAGGCGAGAAGAGGAUUGUGCUUGUGCCACUCACUCCUAUCCAAGUUCGUGAAGAUCAAGAAAACCUGAUCAAGGAGAGUGAGCUUGAGAAUGAGAAGAAAAAGAUAGAAAAAAUCGAGAACUCAACAGAAAAUGAUAAGGCCGAGAAAAUUGAGAGAAAAAAAGACAUAUGUAUUGUCUCUCUUUUGCAGGAUUAUGAGGAUGUCUUCCCCGAUGAGAUUCCAAAUGGACUACCACCAAUAAGGGGAAUUGAGCAUCAAAUUGACUUGGUUCCAGGUGCCCCACUUCCUAACAGACUAGCCUACAAAAUGGGACCAGAUGAGACAAAGGAGCUCCAACGCCAAAUCGAAGAGCUUCUAACAAAGGGAUGGGCACGAGAAAGCUUGAGCCCAUGUGCGGUUCCCGUCAUCUUGGUGCCUAAAAAGGAUGGAAGUUGGCGAAUGUGUACUGACUGUAGGGCCGUUAAUGCAAUAGCGGUAAAAUAUCGUCACCCUAUUCCUAGACUUGAUGAUAUGAGCUUAGAUGAGCAUGUUGAACAUGUGAAGCUUGUUCUUGAUGUACUUCGAAGGGAAAAGCUCUAUGCUAACCUUAAGAAGUGCUCCUUUUGUACUGAUCAACUUGUCUUUCUAGGCUUUGUUGUGAGUAAACAGGGAAUCAAAGUGGAUGAGGAGAAGGUUAAAGUAAUUCGAGAAUGGCCUACUCCAAGCAUGGUGGGUGAGGUACGCAGCUUCCAUGGUCUUGUUAGUUUUUAUAGACGAUUUGUUAAAGAUUUUAGUACCAUUGCUGCACCUGUAACUGCAGUAAUUAAGAAAAAUGAGCCAUUUGUGUGGGGUGAUGCUCAAGAACGUGCUUUCCAAAUACUUAAACAUCAACUCACACACGCACCACUACUUGCAUUGCCAUGCUUUGACAAGAUGUUUGAAAUAGAGUGUGAUGCAUCUCGGGUGGGUAUUGGAGCUAUCCUAAUGCAAGAGGGCAAACCAAUUGCACACUUUAGUGAAAAACUCAAUGGGGCAGCUUUGAACUAUCCCACUUAUGAUAAGGAGUUGUACUCCUUAAUCCGUGCUUUAGAAACUUGGCAACAUUACUUGAGACCAAGGGAAUUUGUCAUACACACUGACCAUGAGUCGCUUAAGCACAUUAAGUCACAACACAAGUUGAAUAAGCGUCAUGUAUUUAUGACUCUUGUGGUUCAGCAAAUCAAGGGAAACACACAGAGGUGGCUUGAUGGGACACUUUGGCGUGGCUAA